AUGGCUCCUCCAAAAGAAACCGAUGCUGAUCACACCAUCCCAAAGCCGAGCGCAAGUGUCAUCCUCAUUUCGUCUCGAAACGAAGUCCUAUUGCUGCAUCGCGUGCAAACGUCUUCAUCCUUCCCGUCAGCUCAUGUUUUCCCUGGAGGAAAUAUAUCCUCGCAAGACGGCGAUUUCCCACCGGCAGGUCACUCGGACAGCCACGAUGAAGGCCCCCACUACCGAAGAGCGGCGAUUCGCGAACUCUUCGAAGAGAGUGGUAUCCUCCUCGCGAAAAAUAGGAGAACCGGCAAAAUGAUCUACGUAGAUACGGACCAGAGGGAGAUCGGGAGGCAUGCAAUCCACAAGAACAAAAUUACAUUCAACCAGUGGCUGGCGGGCAUAGAUGAAGGGGCCGAACUGGAUAUUGAGUCCAAGAGCAUCAUCGGCAGCGAAGAGAGCGACGUCCAAGCGCCGACAUCGGACGGCGGGUUAGAGAUUACUGAGGCCAGAUUUCUCCCCGCAUCGGAGUGGUUACGACUCGCGAAGAAUGGGGAUGUGAUAAUGUUUCCCCCACAGGUUUUCCUACUAUCCUUCGUCGCUCAAUUCCUUGAGAGGCCCGGCGAAAGCGCGACUGCGGUUUCUAAAGAGGAGUCUACCAGGCGCCGCGCUGAAUUGGUUGAAUUUGUGCAUUCAGGGUCUCCCCCCUGGACUGAUAAAUUUAUCUCUCCAACAACAAUCGGGCACGCAACUGACGGGAGAAGCAUACUUAGAUUGGAUUACGUUGGGCCUGAACUUCAAGGCUCAGCGAAGAAGGGGGAGCCAGAUAGAGUGGUGCUAGUCCGGUUUUGUAAAGAGGGACCGAGGGAGGUGGAGGUUCGGUGGAGAAAUGAGGUUGCCCUUGAAAAGAAACCUACACAGAGCUCCCUAUGA